ACAAGCGGCUUCCAAAGUUCAUUCUAGUUUAUCAACACAAUAUUAAAGGUCUAAAAUUUAAAUUUUAAAUGUUUUUCUAUUAAGAAUAAAGCAAAGAAAUAUAUAAGAUUAACAUACUACAAUUAUUUGUCCUUGUCCUCCAUUUGUGUUCUGUUAAUGACAAGAUGGCCUUGAUUCCUGCCGUAACACGACUCAGUUCCUCCGUUAUCCGGAUUUUGGGAUGCAAUCCCAGCCCGAUGACCCUGCAAGGAACCAACACAUAUCUUCUGGGAAGUGGCAACCGGCGAAUCCUGAUCGACACUGGCGACGAGGACGUGCCUCAGUAUAUUGAGCAUCUAAACGAUGUAUUGAAGCAGGAAAAGGCCUCCAUCGACACCAUCCUACUGACACACUGGCAUCACGAUCAUGUUGGCGGAGUGAAGAGCAUCUUGGGCACAGCUUUGGCUCACAACGAUUGCCGGGUGUUCAAGUAUGGACGAACAGACGCCCCAGAUGUGUGUCCCGAAAUCCCGACGCACAUAAAACUGCACCCACUGGCCCACAACCAGGAGUUUGCCACCGAGGGAGCAAAGGUUAAGGUAGUGCACACCCCCGGACACACCACUGAUCACGUAGUGCUGGCCAUGAGCGAGGGCACGCUCUUCAGCGGCGACUGUAUCCUGGGCGAGGGAACUGCCGUUUUCGAGGACCUUUUCGAGUACAUGAAGAGCCUUGAGAAGAUACUGGAUAUCAAACCGCAGAGGAUUUUCCCAGGCCACGGUAAUGUCAUCGAAGAACCGAUCGGCAAGAUCGAGUACUACAUCAACCAUCGCAACCAGCGAGAGGCACAAAUACUGCAGUACUUUGUUCAGCGGCCCAACGAACGGUGGCAAGCCAUGGACGUAGUGCGGGAGGUGUACAAAGAAACCCCCGAAAAUCUAUGGCCCGCAGCCGCCUACAAUGUAGACCAUCACCUUAGUAAGUUGGCCAAGGAGGGUAAACUUAAUGUCAUUGAGUCGGAAAACGAGAAAUUUUAUUCAUACCGUGCAACCAGUGCUCUUUAAGAGCUGUUGGUCUUCCAGAAA